AUGGCUGUGUGCGAUGUUAAUGCGGCGUCUCCCCCAAUCGAGUUGACACCGCUUAUCCGGAAACUUCGUCACGAGCUGUCUGAAAUUAGAGAAAGAGCGCUUAAGAAUAUUUUAUCUAAAUUAAAUCAUAAUUUGAUUACAUAUGACGAUUUGGUUCAAGAAAAGCUACUAUUUGUCAGUCUUUUAGAAUGGUUCAACUUUCCUGUAGUACCAAUGAAAGAAGAAGUUUUGAACUUAGUGACCAACUUGUUAAAGUGUCCUUCUGUUGUGGAACAAUUGGUUGGAAUUGGGGCAGUAGAGUUCUUCACUCAGCUUCGUCCCAAUGUGGAUUCUAGUCUACAAGCAGUGAUUGAUAGCAUUCUUGACGGGCUGUUUGUGUUACCUUCAGACGUUAUCUUGGAUUAUCACACAAAGCCCUCUCAGGCUGAACCAGAAGCUAAUCCAGUAAAUCUCAAAGAACCUCAUGCUGGAUAUUUUCAUCAAGGGAAAAAUCAAUCAAAAGAGUCAGAAACGCCACCCAAACAGCCAACUGUGAAACAUGUAGUGAAAUGUCUGAAGUUUUCUACAUUUCCUUGGUUAUCCCUGACCACCACAGAUAGACAUGUUCUUUCAUCAAGUGAAAGUUCACUGAGAAGCAAAAACUCCAAGUUAAUUUGGAAUACUUGUGAGCUUCUGCGAGAUGUUAUCAUGCAAGACUUUCCUGCUGAGAUCUUUUUACAGAGGCCAAAGAUUGUUCAGAAUCUUCUGAGUCUAACAACCCUAGGCCUUGCAAAAGAUGGACAACACCAUUUGGCAUUGCAGGCUGUCUUGUGCCUAGAGCAACUAUGUGUUUUCUUAAGGAACAGACUGAACUUCCAUAGAGAUCCAAGUUUUGUCUCAAGUGAUACAGGUACCGUUUCCCAGAAUUCGUCGAUGUCAUAUUGCCCAGAUGCCCGAAGAUUACCUCAUUCGCAGAAUCCAUCUCCUGGAAGCAGCAGCCCUCGACCUUCUGUAAUAGGACGUAUAGGCCAGCGUCCAAGGGGUGAUGGUCAGGAUUGGGAUGCAGAAUCUUCCAAUGGAAGCAGUGCUCAUGGUCAUGUAACUUCUGGAAUAUCUAAUCCAUCACCUUUGGAUAUGGGUCAUGUUGACCUGCCAGAACUGGAAAAUGUAGACACUUUGGAGCUACAGUUUCAACAAUUUAGUCUUCCUCAGUUCUGUGUAGCCAUUUUGGAACAUGCAGUGCCUCUUCUUAAAACAGGUAGUAGGAGAAUAACCAUACAAGUGUUGGAAUUGGUUGCCGAAGACCUGCUACUUAUUGUUGAUGCUGUGUCUGAAGAUGUUUGGGAAGACAAGAGUCUCUUUGGUCUAGAAUUUAAAGAAAAACUGGUUGGAAUCCUAGAUUCAUUAGGUGAAAUCAUUACUUAUCACAAAAGUAACACCAGCUCAGAAAAACCUGAGCUUGCAGUAGUGCACCACAGGAUGGCAUUUGUUAGUGUUUCACUUUUCACAGUUCGACUCCUGCAAGUAUUGCUACCUGUAGAGAAGGCCACUAGUGUUUUACCAGAGACUUUAGUGACAGCAUUGUUUGUUCUUUCCGUGGACAUGCCAUUUUCCUUAGAAUAUCCAAAUAUACACGAAUCAAUCACAGCUUAUUUGGAACAAAUGAAUUCAGAAAACUACAGUAUUUAUAAACAAGCUGCAGAAGCUGCCUGUUCAAUUGAGUGUGCUUGUAAUUUUAUGUUGGAUGUUCGCAAGGAGGGAGAAAAAAAUCAUCUUGAUUUACUUGAACUGGCAGAACAAGCCAUAAAAGGUCUUCCGUUUCACCAGUAUUUUGUUCUACUUAAGGAAUACCUCAACAUUUGCUCAGAUAUCUGGAAAUCUGCUGAAGCUGACCCACUGCUGCAGAAUAAAAGUCAGAAGGUGCUUCUCCAUCUGUUGUCACAUCCUGUGCCAAAUAUUAGAACAGAAGCCUAUCGCUGCUGUCUUGACAUUGUUAAGGAAUGUUUAGGCAUUCAUAAUGCUGUAAAGUCUAUUUCUUCGAUCAGUUGUGGUAUACAUUUUCUGCUUCAUCCCAAAGUUCUUUAUGAAAUAUGCACUUUUGGACUUCAGGAUUCUCAGCAUGAGGUGUGCUCAGCUGCCACAUUUCUUCUGAUGUAUCUUCUUCAAGGUCGAUUGAUGAUGGCAGCAGAGACCUGGAACAAGUUUAUUGAAACUCUCUAUCCUGUUAUUCCAAUUCUUCAGGGUUAUGCAAACACAGAAGAACCUCUAGGUAACUGUAUUCUCACCCUGAGUGAAACAACGACUGAAAAUGAAGAGAUUCUCCCAAGAACUACAAGGCUAAGAGCCUCUCUACGUCUUUUCUUCUCAAAAAAGCCACUUGUUCGUUCUGUGGCACUCAAACAGUUAAUGUUUCACCUGAUGGAAGAAGAAGAGCCCCAUCUGAAGCGUCCCCUUUUGCAUGGCAGCGUUCUCUCAAGUAUUUCUAACAUCCUUAUUGUGGAAAAGCCUAUUGAACUCAAGCUGGAUGACACAAGAGAAUCUGUUUUUAAGGCUGAGACAGUUGAAAAACUGUACAGUAUCUUUAUAUCAGACACCGUUGAUUUGACUUUGAGGAAGUCAGCAGCUGAGCAAUUAGUCAUAAUCAUGCAAGAUUCUAAAUUGCAUCCAAUUAUCAAAAAUAUGGGUGCAGUGGACAGAAUUCUUGCUUACUUUACUAAGUGUGUUGCUCAGAAUGGCAAGAUCAUGAACUGUAUGAUGUUGCCAUGUCUUGCACUUUUGCGGAAACUUCUCUCUGCUGAUCCAGUCAAGCGCCUGUUAUUGGCCUACCAGUCUUCUGUCUUGCUUGUGUUAUUUAGAGUUGCCUUGAUAUUCCAAGAUUGUGGUGCUAUCACGAGUGAAACAGCAGUAUUACUUUGUCUACUACUUUUUGAUGAAGCAGCAAGGAAAGAGAUGUGGGCUGAUACUGUUUCCUGUGAUCCUUCCAGCAUUUCCCACUUCACCUUGCCUGUUGCCGUUGUAAGGAGGUAUCAUCUACCUAUUAAAGUCUCUGCACAUCAUGCUGUCAGUCCUAACUCAGUGGUGUUACCAUUUUCUUGUGAAUUCUGGGCCUCAAAACACGUGUCAGAUAUGCUAAAAAUGGCUUGGAACUUGUCUUGGUUCCAUGGAGCAGAUAAUUUAGUUGCGCUUGCCAGUUAUGAGACAGCAGCAGAACAAUUUUCCAGCAUUUUAAAGCUCUCCUCAGAAGAUAUUAAUAUCCUUAAGUUAACGUGUGCAACCUUCGGUCUGCAGGAUUGUUUUAAUGCCAUCACUCAAGCAGCAUCCCACGGGGAAGUUAGGGCUGCUGUCACAAAAAUGAUUUUUUAUAUUUUGAACGAUAGACUGGCAUUAAUGUGCAGCGGUAGUCCUGGUGGAGCCACUUUCAAAUCCUUGGCUUGGCAAACAGCAUUAAGCAGGUUUCUUCAAGUGCUUCCAGCGUCUUCAGAGGAUGAAAAACUUUUGGCUGAUGUCAUAUCUUUUUUAAACAAGUUUAUGAAAGAACAGAAGAAUAUUUCAGAGUUUGAGCACCUAAAAUGGAUCCUGGACGUGGCCCUGAAGCAUAAUCCAAAAUCUCUAUUAGAUCUUGUGGUACCGCCAGAAUCUCCGGCCCAAGAUGAAGCUGAUGAGCUAAAGACAGCUGUAAGACAACAAUUGCAGAAAGAAUUGAUUGCUUUCUUUAAUACACUUCUACUCAGGUUCAUGUCUGUUACUGACAGAAAAGAUUUGGAACUUACUGGCUAUUUCCGAACAGAACUAGCCUUGAAGCUUCUGCAGUAUUUGCGAGUAACAGAUGCCCCUCAUUUCUAUGGAUUACCUUUUUUGGAAAGGACAUUAAAUAGUAUGGUUCAUGUCACAGCACUGCCAGGCUGGAGUUCAUACUCUGUCACAGUGGAGCCAUUCAUGAUUUGCAAGAAAUAUUUAGCUGGGCUUCUUGAGGUCAUCUCAUCUUUUUAUGUUGAGUGGGGAGGCAAUGCCAUGUCUUUCAUGGGAAAAGGUGUUACCAAGAGUGCUGUCCUUUGUUUGCUUCACUUGUCCCAUGAAAUGAGUAUUCAGGCUCUAGAUGAGGCUGCAUUUAUCCUUCAGAAUCUUUUAGUUAUCCCACUACCCACUGAAGAAGCUAAGGACUCCAAUUGGCAGGGGCCUUGUGUACAUGAUGAAGCAACUGGUCUAUCUCUGUCUGGAAAACCUGCGCUGCAGGCCUUGCUCUAUUAUUGCCACUUCUAUGAGCAUUUGAAUGAGAUGGUGAAGGUAUGCUACCUGGGUCGGUAUACAUUUGAUGUGGAUUUUUCCUUGGGAGAUCAGCUGGUAUCAACAAAGAAUGGCAUGAAUGACUUUGAAGAUUCUCUUUCUGCUUGGAGAGUCCAGAAUAGUGGGAACCAAUCUCCAAGUUCUCAGUCAACUACUGAUACUUGGGUAAUUUCAGCAUCACCAUCACCGGGAUGUGCUAUGGAAGUAGAAGCACCCUCUUCGCCAGCUGUUAGUCUGAUUCACGAUGCAUCAUUGAACCGACUCGUAACUCAAGGUCAGAGUGACACAACCACAACUGCAUCUUCAAGUCCACAUGUUUUCCCAGAGUCUGUCAUUAGACCUAAUCAGUGUACGGUAGUCACGCCUCCUCUCCUUUCAGCUAUGUGUGGCGUGCUGGACAACCUGCUUGUUGUUUCUCCAAAAGAGACUACAAUUGCUCUUCGGAGAGCAGAUACACUAAUUUCUCUCAGUAGUCUUGUAAAUUCUGGCUUGCUGGAGAGAUAUAUCUUUGAAAUGAAAGCUCCUCCAUCUUGGCCAUCUCAUAAGGAAUAUUCCAAAAUGCAGAUUUUAUUUCUACUGGAAUUUGUUUCAUCAUUUUCUCAACUGUUGAGGUCAUGUUUGUUGGUGGACACUCAUCUUGUGUUGCAAGAUGAGUUAUUGAAGCCUCUUUUGGAAAAGUUCUUUGUGAUUCUUUCCUUUAGCUCCGAGGACAGCAUAGGACCUGAAUUAUCAUCUGCAGUUCAUCGAACAUGGGAAGACCUACUUGUUUUUUUAGCUAUACUGUUAAGAAAAUGUGGUCAUAGUGCACUACCAUUUGUAUCUCUCGCGUUAGCAAAACAUUGGGCUUCUGUAAUAGAUACACUAUGUGAAUGUAUCCAUCUUUCUACCAGAAAACCGAGUUUGUGUAUGGCCUCCUUAUAUUUCUUAGCCCUUCUUUUUGCUGAAGAAGGGAAAAGAGAGUUCAACAAUGAAGAGGACGCUUGCUACCAGCCAACAGUGUCUUUCCUCCUUGAUGAAAAGAAGAACCAAUCAUCUGUAACCAAGCUUUGUGAAUUACUCAUUCAGACCUAUGAAGUAAACUCUUUUCAAGAUAUGGUAAAAAAAGUUUCUGCCAGUGCCUUGCUUCCCUUUUUAGCUGUUAGUAGAAGUGCCCAGAAAUGUGCCCUGGAAGCCAACCUCAUCGAGACUGGCUUGGAACAGAUGAAACAUGUUUAUACAGAACUGAAUCUAGCGUCCUUGAAGCUUGGAAAAGCAAUCCAAAGAAAAAAGGAAGACAACCUCAGCAGAGAAUUAAAACUUGCCAUGCAGCUCCUAAGAAAUUGUUUCUUUCGAAAUGAAUCCUGCAAAGCAGCAGCCCUUGGAACUCAUCUCAUUCCUAUUUUGCAUUCUUUGUGGCCUUGGCUUUUAAUGGACGACUCCUUGAUGCAAGCAGCCUUGCAUCUGCUUUGUACCUACACUGCAAACUAUCCUUCAGGCUGUGCUUCCCUUUGCGUGGCAAGUAGCAGCUUGUGCUCUUUCCAGACAACCCAAAGAACGGCAGCUGGGAACCCACUUAUGCAUAACAUCAUGAAGUUAGCAACUCAAACUCUGUCUGAGAACGGCAUCAUUCAGCAGAUGACAUUUAAUCUUCUGGCAAACCUGGUUGUAUCUCAAGACUGCAAAGGUGUUCUUCAGAAGAACAAUUUUCUGCAGAAUUUUUUGUCGCUAUCAUUGCCAAAAGGAGGAAAUAAAAGCCUCAGUAUGCUGGCUAUUGCUUGGAUAAAACUCUUACUGAAUUUAUCAUUUGGAGAAGAUGGACAGCAAAUGAUCAUGAAAUUGAAUGGUGGCUUGGAUCAACUUAUAGAGAUGGCCAAAUAUAAACACAGAAACAACCCAGACAUGAUCCUUCUGAUUCUGCACAAUAUCUGCUUUAGUCCAGCCAACAAACCCAAGAUACUAGCAAAUGAUAAAGCUGUUGCGUUGCUAUCUGCUUGUCUGGAAAGUGAUAGCCUUGCAGCUCGGAGAAUAGGAGCAUCUGCAAUUUGGGCUUUGCUUCACAACUAUCAGAAGGCAAAAGUGACUUUGAAGAAUCCAUCGAUAAAAAGAAGGGUGGAUGAAGCUUUUAUGUCGGAAAAGAAAUGUCUUCAACAGCCACAAGAAAGUCAAGAAGAAACAUACCACAUAAAGUGCCUGGAAACACUUGUACAGCUUCUCAGCUCUUGAUAGACACCAUGUUAACAGAGGACACAUCACCUGGAGUGGCUUUUCCAAAAGUCAUGAGAACUAAAAUGACAUAUUAAAUAUUAAAUUUCUUGUAUUGGAUUAUCUACUAAGAAAAGGAAAUUUUGCACAGUUCUCAGCUUAAUAAUAGGAGAGAUCAAUCCGAAAAAUGUAUAGUAAAUAUCUCCAUGGAAAUGCUGUUCUAGCAUUAUGAGGUUACAGACAGAUGUAAGAAAGUAAUGAAGUAGCUAAUUGUAAAUUGUAAUUAUGUGAAUAUAUAUUUUUGCAAUGUUUGAGCUUGUA